CCCUCGCGUGAAGACAAAGUAGCCUGAUGGUUCCCAGGGCGAGGAUGUUGAGUGUAUAAGGUAUCUUCUUCAUUCUUCCCAAGACACCCGCAGUCCAUCUUGCAGCCUUUCAUUUUGCUUUCAAAUUUCCUACCGUUCUCAGUCACGUCUAAGAGUCCGUGCAUUCUGUUGUUUGUAUAUUUUGAUGGUUAGAGAAGCCGCUUGCGUGCUAGCAGCAACUCACUUCGUUUGUUGUUGUUGUGAUACACGCAAAUCGACAUUGUUAUGCUGGAAACGGAAAAUUUGCUAUGGUCCAGCCAGUCACACAUUGACAUUGAUGUCGAUAGCCGAUCAGUUUCCCGAAGUUUCUCGCCGUUGUAUACCUGUCUUGCUCGGAUUCAUGCCGCCAUCAUUCAGUCUCCUUCACGCAAACAAACAUUGUUCGAUCCCACUAUGUACUCUUUCCAAAGGCCUUACGGGCCGUCACCAGUGCCCUUCUAUCAUCAUUACGUUCCGCAAAAUCCGCAAUAUGCCCCUCAGCACAGGCUUCGAUCUUCGUCUUCCUUCCCGGUUGCCCCUCAGACUAUCCCUAAGUCACCGCCGAACUAUGUCAAUCGCGAGCAACAUCCUGUACCGAAAGGUCCCCCGGUACGCAGAUAUAUGCAGCCUAUGAACAAGCACGAUGGGUUGUCUCUUGUUGCUCAUUGCUUUGGGCUCAAAGAUGCCUCUUACAUGAACAUUCCCAGGGAUGUGGUCUUCGUUGCACACGACUUCGAAGCAUACACUCCAGCACAUUCUGGCAAGCGGCCGGUUACAGAAGCUGGUGUUGCUUUCUUUGACACACGAACCAUCAAUCGUGUUGGCGACCCUGGACAGAAUGGCGAGAAUUGGCUGGCCCAGAUUAUGGCAGCACAUCUUCGCGUGGAGGAUCGAGGUCAUCUUAUCAACCGCCACUGGGCUCAAUCCUGUGGGCAUCAGUUCGACUUUGGUCACAGCCAAUGGGUCCCUAUUGAGGACAUGAAAACCCUCCUCGAUCGUACUGUUUGCAUUCCGGAUAAAGGUCCAGAUGUCCCUAUAUCAGCACGCGACAUGAGCAGCAAACCUGCCAGCGACCCUGACCUCCGCAACCGCAACGUCGUUCUGGUCAGCCACGCAUUCCACAACGAUGACGGAUACAUGAAGACUCCAGAUAUAAACUUCGAUUAUAGUGCUUAUGGUACCGUGGUCGGUAUCGUCGAUACGCAGGUCAUGGGCUCACGCCAGGGCUUUGAGGGAAUGCGUUUUCCAGCACUGAAGCGACUGUGCGGGAACUUCAAUAUUGAUCUACUUCAUCCCCACAAUGCAGGAAAUGAUGCCGCCUACACUAUGAUCAGUCUGGUUCUCCUUGGUCUUGAGUAUGCUCAUCUUCGAGGUUAUCGCUUCGGCCGUGGUCCGACUAACGCAGCUCCGGCUGUUGCUGAGCUGAUGUACAGGCUCAAGGAGGACUAUAUCCGAUACUGGCUCACCAACCCGCCAAAACCAGGUUAUAGAUGCCAGAUUUGUGGUCGCAAGAAUUCACAUGCUGCGGAAGAGUGUGAGCUUCAUAUCAAGUGUGAAGAUUGUGGAUGCCAUGGCCAUCGUAAAGAUCGUUGCCAGCCAGACUGGAUGAAGAACGCGAAGUUAGGCUACGGUAAUCCCACAACUUUCGCCAGUGAGGCGGAUCGCAUCAAGCAUGAUUUUGCAGCCAGAGUACGAGAGGCAGCGCUCGCAGCAAACGCUCCUAUUCCUCUGGCGACAAACGGCCAUUCAGCAGAUGUUAUCGAUAAAGCCUUUCCACUACUCCCUGGAAACACGGAAUCCUCCUCUAGCGGUAGCGUUGGAUGCUCGACCGACAAAGAAGAUAUUAGUGACAUUUCCAGCGAUGUCUCGAUGCACGCAAUGUCAACUGCAUCCAGUUCUCCCCCAAAAGGGCCAGCCAAAGACAGAGCUCGCACGAACGGACAGCACGGCGCCUCAAGUAGUGAAAUGCAGUACGUGGACCGUGUACAAUACCGACAACCAAGGAUCUUUGCGGCAGGCCAUUGUAUUGUCUCAUCCAAAAGCAGCUCUGAUCCUUUAUCUGCCAUUGAUAUCAAUGGAAGGAGAGGGAAGAAGAAUUGGACGAAACUGGAGCUGAAUUUCGCGAGCUGAUCAGUUCCCAUGUACUGGAUCGAAACGAUUCCCUAUUGACUUUUUCCCUCUUACCGCUCGCCCGAGACUGGUUUUGGAUUUUCAUGAUGUUGGCAUUGUUGAUCGUAGCUGUCUGGGAUAUUGUUUGGGUGUCAGCAAUUAAAAUCCAAAGAACAUUUUAGUUUAUGGGACUAAGGUAUGGGAUUGGAGUUGUUU